AAAAAAGUCAUAAUAAACAAAUAAAGAAAGCAGGGGAAAUAAGUGAAUAUGAUGCAAAACGAAGCGAGAGCCGAGCUGCUGCCGCAGUAUAGACGAAGGCAUCAUGGAUCGAGUGUAUAGUAAAAGUAUAAGUAUAUAAAGUACCUCUGCUGGGAGAGAGAAAGAGCGAAGGAAACGAGAAAACGAGGGGAAGAGAGGAAUACGUGAAAGCGAUGCUUGUAUUGCUCCGCUGACGAUCGAAGGGUCAUAGUCGUCGUCAGGUUUACAGCUGUUUCACGAGCGAAGGAGCGAGAUGGGGAUAUGGAUUUUGACGGCUCGCCGCCGUUUACGGACUGUCACUUAAAGAUGCAUGAGCUGUCUAUAGUCAAAACCUCUUCGAGUCAACGUAAUUCAUAGUUCAUCCGACAUUCGAAAGAAUGAAAGUUUUGCCAUCUGUUCCAACAUUUCGAGAAGCCAAGAGAGUUGCAUAUUACACGCAUCGGGGGGCUGCAAGGAAAGAAGCGAGCUGUGACUUGUGAGCGUAUGAACCUGUAGUAAGAGAGACAGAGAGGGGAAAGCCGGCGCAUGCGCAGUCAUCGAUUCCGGGCACUUAGACGCUGGCGUGAUGCUCGAUCACAGCGUGCAGGUCUUAGCCGUUUUUCGACUCGACGGGAGAGAGAGAGAGAGAGCCGAGGUAUCGUAUGGCAGCGCAGCGUCGACACUUAGUCGCAUACAGUGGCGGCGCUGGACUUAGUCUCUGUUCGCUCCCUCACUUCUCUCACUCUCAGUCUCGGACUCUGGCUGGUCGGAGGUGGUCGACCUGCACCGAGCGUAGCAGUGCCGUGAUCGUACGGCAUUUUCUCGUUUCUUCCCGACUUGUCUCGAGUAUAAAGGAGAGGAAGGAAGCAGAUCUUCUGAGAUCUUCUCGUGCAGGCACGGCGUCCCACACGCAUAUACGUAACGUAGCUUGCACGCGCAUAGGUAGGGUGUUGGAGUGGUGCGCGCGCGUCUAUCUAUACCGCGCAGCACAGUCGGACUUUGCGAGCGCGUCAGCCACGAGCAGCUCUCGGACAUAGAACGAGCGAGCCAGCCCGUUCUCAUUCGCUCGCGCCAGAGACUAUCACCCGCUCUCGUCGAGAAAAUGGAGAUCGAGCAGCCCGUUCCCAGGGCCGAUGUCGACCUGGAGAAGAAGGCCAAAGAGAACAGCAGUGCGGCUGGUAAUCAUGGAGAUGCUCAAAUGAAUGGCAUGACUAAUGGUUACGACCACAAAAAAGAGCACAAGUCUGAACAUAGAGACAAGGAUAAGGAACGAAGUCAUAAGUCUGAACAUAAGGAUAAAGAAAAAAGUCAUAAAAGUGAGCACAGAGACAAGGAUCGUCAUAAGCACAGUUCGAGUUCCUCUAAGGAUAAAGACAAAGAUAAGCACAGUAGCAGUAAGGAUAAAGAAAAGGAUAAGGACAGGAGUAGAGACAAGGAUAAGAAGAGCAGCUCUUCAUCCAGUAAGGAUAAAGAACAUAAGAGCUCUAGUAGUUCAAGCCGUGAUAAAGAGAAGGACAAGGAGAGAAGUAAAGACAAGGAGCAUCACAAGUCCAGUUCAAGUUCUAGCUCGAAAGACAAGCACCAUAGCAGCAGUUCAAAAGAUAAGGAUAAGGAAAAGGACAAGGAACGAAGUAAAGACAAAGACAAACAUAAGGACAGACAUAGCUCCUCGCAGAGUUCAUCUCGUGACAAGGACAAGGAGAAGAGCUCCAAAGAUAAGAAGCAUUCCUCUGAAAAAGACAAAGAUCGUCAUUCCAGUUCUCAUUCAUCCGAGAAAGACAAGCAGCGAUCUUCUGACAAAGAAAAGCAUAGUUCUUCUGAAAAAGACAAAGAUAGGCAUCGGCAUGACAAGGACCGUGAUCGGCACCGACAUGAUAAAGAAAAAUCUAAGCAUCGCGAUGAAAAGGAAAGGAAAGAGAAAAACAGAGAAGAAUCAAAGAGCAAAGAUGAAAAUAAGGUGAAAGAAGAUGUCAAAGUUGAACCAGAGAUUAAAACAAAAAUUAAAAUGGAACAAGAGUCCUUCAAAGAGCAUGAAGAAGAUUAUGAUAGUGGCGAUGAUAAUCAGAGACUGUAUAUUAAAGAAGAAGAUGAAGAAAUGAAACAAGAUAAUAGUAUGGAUUCUACUGAUGCAAAUGAUACAAGAUUGUCGGAUAUGCACAAUACCACUGUUAAAACUGAAGAAGAUGAGUCUGAUGAAGACAUGCCAUUGGCGAGCAGGUCAUCAGGUAUAUCACCAGGGGUUAAGAGGAAAGUAGAAACAUCAGAUGAGGAUGAUGACAUCCCUUUGUCUGCAAGAAAAAAGCCGAAAAAAGAGCCAGUGGCUAAGAAACAGAAGAAGAAAAAGAAGGUUGAAAGUGAAGAUGAAGAGUAUGAUGAACCUGAAGAGAAACCUCAAAAGAAACGAAAACCAAAGGCUGAAAAAACGGAAAAUUCAAGUCCCAAAAAGAAGAAGAAAGAAGAAGAAGAACCAGAAGUUUGGAAAUGGUGGGAAGAAGAAAAGAAGAAUGAUGGAACAAAAUGGCAUUUCUUGGAGCACAAAGGACCUGUGUUUGCACCUGAAUAUGAACCACUACCACCUAGUGUUAAAUUUUAUUAUAAUGGUAAAGAGAUGAAGCUGACUCAAGAUACUGAAGAGGUAGCUACAUUCUAUGCUCGCAUGUUGGAACAUGAUUAUACAACCAAGCAAGUGUUCAAUGAUAACUUCUUUCAUGAUUGGCGUGAGGUCAUGACAGAAUCAGAAAGAGCAAAAAUUACAGAUUUGAAAAAAUGUAAUUUUACGGAAAUGCACAAGUAUUUCAUUAUGAAGAGCGAAGAACGUAAAGCCAUGUCUAAAGAAGAGAAGAAGGCAAUCAAAGAGAAAAAUGAUGAAAUUCAAAAAGAAUAUGGUAUUUGCACAAUUGAUGGCCAUAAAGAAAAGAUUGGUAACUUCAAAAUUGAACCUCCAGGCUUAUUCAGAGGUCGUGGAGAACAUCCUAAAAUGGGAAAAUUAAAAAAGAGAUUAGUGCCAGAAGAUGUUCUCAUUAAUUGUUCUAAAGAUUCAGUACAUCCUAAACCUCCACCAGGGCAUAAAUGGAAAGAAAUAAGACAUGAUCCUACAGUGACCUGGCUGGCAUCAUGGACAGAAAAUAUUCAAGGCCAAGUUAAAUAUGUCAUGUUAAAUCCUUCAAGUAAACUGAAAGGUGAAAAAGAUUGGCAAAAGUACGAGACUGCUAGAAAACUUGCUAAAUCUGUUGAUAAAAUUAGAGCGACUUAUCGAGAAGACUGGAAAAGCAAAGAAAUGCGCAUUAGGCAAAGGGCUGUUGCAUUAUACUUCAUUGAUAAACUAGCUUUGAGAGCUGGUAAUGAAAAAGAUGAAGAUCAAGCUGACACCGUAGGUUGUUGCUCCCUGCGUGUCGAACAUAUAGCACUACAUGAGAAAAAAGAUGGAAAAGAAUAUGUGGUCGUCUUUGAUUUCUUGGGUAAAGAUUCAAUUCGAUACUACAAUGAAGUACCAGUGGAAAAACGAGUAUUUAAGAGUCUUCAAUUAUUCAUGGAAAAUAAAUCACCUGGAGACGAGCUUUUCGAUCGUCUUAAUACUACUGUAAUGAAUAAGCAUUUGAACGAGUUGAUGGAUGGCCUUACCGCUAAAGUGUUCAGAACAUACAAUGCGUCAUGGACGCUACAACAACAAUUAGAAGAGCUUACUGAUCCAAAUAGUACUGUUGCAGAAAAAAUACUUUCUUACAAUAGGGCUAAUAGAGCUGUAGCUAUACUUUGUAACCAUCAACGUUCAGUUCCGAAAAGUCAUGAAAAAUCCAUGGAAAAUUUGAAAGCUAAAAUUGAUGCCAAAAGAGAAGCAAUAGCGGAAGCAGAACAAAUUGUCAAAGAUGCCAAACGUGAUGCUAAGCACGGUUCUGUGAAGGAAAAAGUUUUAUAUGAAAAGAAAAAGAAGCAACUUGACCGAUUAAAGGAACAACUUAUGAAGCUGGAAGUGCAAGCUACAGAUCGAGAAGAGAAUAAAGAAAUCGCACUUGGCACCAGUAAGCUAAAUUAUCUCGAUCCACGAAUUUCAGUUGCUUGGUGUAAGAAACACGAUGUACCAAUUGAGAAAAUUUACAACAAAACACAAAGAGAUAAGUUCCGAUGGGCAAUCGAUAUGGCUGGUCCUGACUACGUCUUUUAAUCUUGCGAAUCUCAAUGAUACGCAAAUAUGCGAUUUCUCUCUUUAGUCAAUUUUACUUUAAUUGUGGAGAUGUCUAGAACAAUAUGAGUUUUUCGUAUCUAAAAUUUGCGUGCGUGAGUAAAUGUUGUACAUUGUCUAGAUAGUCAAUUGUCGAGAUAAUUGACUUGAACAAAAAUCGAAUUUAGUUAAUUAUCUGGAUGAACUAGAACUAAAUGUAUCUUGCGUUAUCUUGAUAUUUCCAAGAUAAUUUUCAAACACCACAUGUAAAGAUGAUUUAAUUCUUUUGUGAUUGACGGAAAUUGAUAUUCACUAGCAUGAAUAGGUGAUGAUUUUAUGGUUUGAGUCUGUAAAUUGCUGUUAAUGAAUUUUAAAAGAACUCAACCUAUUUUUACGAUGCAAUGAAAUCUCUGCAGUGGAAAUACUAAUAUUGAUGUAAAUUAAUUUUUAGAGUUCUUACAAGGAAUGCUCUGAUUGAAAAAAUAUGUAUAAUACAUUUAAAAAAAUACGACUAACAGUUAAAUAUGGAAUUUAUAUAGUAAUUGCUCACAUAAUUGACGAUUUAUGAAUUGUCAAAUAUAUCUAAACAAAGCGUCGAUAAAAACAUAAUAAAAUCUUUUGUAUACCAAUUGAUCACUGAUAAAUGUGCUGUUAGUUACUUAAUUAUUGAAAAUUUAGAUCAUUCAUAAUUUUUAUUAAAAAUAAGAAACAAGCUAAUGCAAUGUACGUUUUAAAUAAUAAAUGUUCCUGCCGACAUUUCUUAUAUUUGGCAGUACAAUAGCACGAUAAUUAUUAGUUGCAAAGGUAUGAAGUAUUAUUUUUAUAUAUUCUAACCAUGUUUCAUUUUAGUAUAAUUACAGUGAUGUAAAUGCUGAAACUUUGUAUAAUGAUAAAAGAAUGUCAUUCAUUUUCAUAUAUCAUCUUUCACAGUUAAUAAAACAAUCAUGAAGGCAAAAUCAACUUUGUACCUAUAGAAAAUUGUGUUUUGUAUUAUUUAAAAUUUAUCACUGAAUUCUGCAAACACCAAAUUGAGUUUUUGUGUAUGCACUAUGCUAUAUGUAUAAUAAUAUGAUGUAUGCAUAGAAACAUGAAUUAUGUAUAGAAUUAUAAUAUAGACAAAAAAAUUACUGAUAUUGCGUAUAUCCUAAGGCAGAAAGUAUACUUUUAGAGUUACAAGUCUUUCAAUUUCAACACUUGUAUAUGUAUGUUUUAUUUUUUCUUGAAAGAAUUAAUUAUGCCUAUAACAUUAUUACUGUAUUAUUUCAUGAAGUUAUAAUAAAACUAGUAAAUCAUA